GGACAACAACCAAAGGACAAAUUUGUUCAACAUGCGUGAUACUGUAGAUAAAUCUAUCGAUUCUUAAUUUUAAUUGACGACAAUGUGGGUGGCCAGGCGAUUUCUGUCAUCGGUCGUUCAGAGAGGUCAGUGUGCAGGACAGCCUGGUUUAUUCUGUCGCCCUAAGCACGGCUCCCUCCCUGAGCUGGAGCUGCGCUACCUGCAGUGCACAUGCUGCUGGAGAAGCCGGGUUCCCGUGGCCGGCUUUGAGACCCUGAACGCCACCCUCUCCUCCUCUUCCUCUGAGCCCUGCAAGCACGACACCAGCAAACCUCUGGACGACUGCUACACCUCCGAGCAACGACACGCCAUCCUCCAGCUGCUCAACACCGCCUCACCGUCAGAGCUGGCCACCGUCAAGCUCCUCAGAGGCCGCAAGUCGCUCAACAUUGUGGAUUACAGGACUAAAAACGGACCCUUUAAAAGUCUGGAAAGUGUGGUGAACGUACCGCUGCUGAAACACAAAAGUGCCGUCAUAGUCUUCAACUCCAUCCUCAACCCGGUUAAGAAGGAGAAGAAAGUAAGGAUACAGCUGGCCAAGUUUAUCAGACCAGAGGUUGACAGGUCCUGGUUGGAGGAUGCCAAUUCCAUAGUGUCGAUAGUAUGUGGGACUAAUAAAAUCGCCUGGGCACAUGUGGACCGCGGGAUGGCCUUACUGGAUUGGAAACAGAUGGAAUGUCCUAAUUUCUUGAGAGGCACAUACAUGGCUUCUGCUUACUUGAAUGAUGUUUCUGCAGUCGUGUCGCUCCUUCCUUCUGCUGACUUCUACAUUAUAGAGAAAUCCUCCAUCUCAGUCCAGAACACUGCUCUGUUCCCCAUCAUGGCACACAUGAGGGCAGUGGAGGCCAUGCUGUUUGCUAUGCUGGAGCCCAGAAACUCAGCACCAGAGUCUAACCUUCCUCCCAGAGUUUUGAACAUGAUGCGAAUUGCUGUGGGACGCCAUUUUGGACUAAUAGUGGGCGAGUGUCGGACGAGCGGGGCACAGACAGUCCGGCAGCUGAUGACUGAGUCUGUGACACAGAAGUUUCCCAGGAUAAACUUUCCACAAGAGCUGCUGGUCAAGUAUAGAAACUCCUUCCAAAUGGGGAGCAGAAGAGGAGGAGAGGAACUCUGUGAUGCUCUUCUCCAGGCUGUAGCUUUUUACGAGCUGCUCAGUGAAUCCUCCAGUUAGCCGCCACCUGGACUGAUCUCAUGCCCCGACCAUGCACUACAUCCUCUAAGACAAACCUCCUAAGUGGCAUUCUGAGCCCUUUUGUACCCCUGAACAGAUAUGGUGGUGGUUGAUGGCAUAUUUAAAGUACUGAAUAUUGUUAUGGUUACAUAAAACACUCAGUACUGUUUGGUUUUUUUUUUUCGGGAUGCUAAGCAUGAUGGUUGCUAUGGUGUUUUGUUACUUCUGCUGUUGAUCUUGUUUGGACACUUGUACAAACUAAUUACUGUACACCGUCCUCUGUUGUCUGAGGACUUUCAUUCAAGUUGGUGCGUGUUAGACUUAAUGCAAUAACUUUUUACAAUUUAAAAAAAACAAAACAACAUAUACAUACACACACACACACACACACACACACACACACAUAUAUAUAUAUAUAUAUAUAAACACACACAGAUACACACACACACACACACACGAUUCUCAUCAGCAACCCAUGUCUAUAUGUGAACAGUCAAACUGGCUGAUGUCAAGCAGAUUUGGAGACGCCUAAAAGAAUUACAAGAUCAAGCUAAUUUAUAAAAAAAUAUACAUUUUUAUUUUACUCGUCAUGGUUGCACUUACAUGUAAAUAAAACAUGAUUUCAC